CAAGAACUCCCUCUUUCCCUAUAAAACAGAAUCAAAAACCCUAAUUUGCAACAAUACAGAGGAAGAAACCCUAAUAGAGCAGGAAGAUACUCUGCCUCGUUAACACAACCUGGGUGCUGUGUAGUGAGAGACCCCAUUCAAAAUGAAGUUUAACAUUGCAAAUCCGACUACUGGGUGCCAGAAGAAGCUUGAAAUCGAUGAUGAUCAGAAACUCCGAGCGUUCUUUGACAAGAGGAUCUCACAAGAAGUCAGUGGAGAUGCACUGGGCGAGGAAUUCAAGGGUUAUGUUUUUAAGAUUAUGGGAGGGUGUGACAAGCAGGGUUUCCCAAUGAAGCAAGGAGUUCUAACUCCAGGCCGUGUCCGUCUCUUGCUGCACAGAGGUACUCCUUGCUUCCGUGGAUACGGCAGGAGAAAUGGAGAGCGCAGAAGGAAAUCUGUUCGUGGAUGCAUUGUUAGUCAAGAUCUCUCUGUUUUGAACCUGGUCAUCGUGAAGAAGGGAGAGAAUGAUCUUCCUGGCCUGACAGAUGUUGAGAAGCCAAGGAUGAGAGGUCCAAAGAGGGCAUCAAAGAUCAGGAAACUGUUUAACCUCUCUAAGGAGGAUGAUGUCCGGAAGUAUGUCAACACUUACCGCAGAACAUUUACAACCAAAUCUGGUAAGAAGGUUAGCAAGGCUCCCAAAAUUCAAAGGUUGGUUACUCCCUUGACUUUGCAAAGGAAGCGUGCAAGAAUAUCUGACAAGAAGAAGAGAAUCACAAAGGCCAAAGCUGAGGCAGCAGAGUAUCAGAAGCUUCUUGCCACCAGGUUGAAGGAGCAGCGUGAACGCCGCAGUGAGAGCUUGGCAAAGAAGAGAUCUAGAUUAUCUGUUGCCUCAAAGCCCUCAGUUGUGGCUUAAAUGUUUUGUAAUUUGGACCAUGAGUAAUGACAGUGCUAAAUUUCUUCAUUAGCUCGAUUUAAUUUUGGUUGUUCUUUGGAUUGCUGAGGUGAGUUUGAAUUUUUAGAUAUUCAACAAUUUUAGCAUCUGAGAUUUUUGUUUUGGUUCCGUUGUGUUGUGGAAUUCGUAAUUGUCUACAUUCUGAUGCCUUGGCAUAUUAUGUUGAUUCUGGAUUCUAUGUUAUUUGAUACUUGAAGCUCAAA